ACAGGUGGGAAAACUUUUUACGAAGAACAAAUCAAAUCAAUGUAUGGAAAAUGGAAAUUUUAUAAAUGAAAAAUUGGUUAACAUAUUUAUGAAACAAAUAAACGUAUUUAUGAAUUAUCUUAUUUUAACUUAUAAAUAUGGCUCAUUUGGAAAGAGUUGUAAUUUUGGUGGACAUGGAUUGUUUUUAUUGUCAAGUAGAAGAAAAAUUGAACCCUAGUAUUAAAGGAAAGCCAAUUGCUGUUGUGCAAUAUAAUCCUUGGAGAGGUGGAGGGAUUAUCGCUGUCAAUUAUCCAGCUCGAGCGAAAGGUGUUACUCGGGGUAUGCGUGGAGAUGAAGCUCAAAAAAAAUGUCCUGAUAUUGUAUUAUGUAGUGUUCCAUGUGUCAGAGGGAAAGCAGAUAUUUCUAGAUAUCGAGAAGCUGGAAAAGAAGUUGCUGCUGUUCUUGAAAAGUAUUCAGAUAUUUUACAAAGGGCUUCAAUUGAUGAAGCCUAUUUAGAUAUAACGGAAAGUGUCAAUAAACGUAUUCAAGAAUUUCAAAAUGAACUUACGGUUGAUGAUAUUCCGUCAACUUAUAUUUAUGGUUCAGAUAAAAAGGAUUUUUUAUAUGAUGUAUAUAAUAAUAUUACUGAUAAUGAGGCAAAUUUAAAAUUAGUUGUUGGAGCGUAUAUUGUUGAACAAAUACGCGCUGCAGUUUACAGUGAAACAGGCUAUCGAUGUUCGGCAGGUAUUGCACACAAUAAAAUAUUAGCAAAACUUACUUGCGGCUUUCAUAAACCAAAUAAACAAACAGUUUUGCCGCAUGUUAAUGUACCAGUUUUGUAUAAAGAAUUACCAAUAAAAAAAAUUAAAAGUCUUGGUGGUAAAUUUGGUGAAAGUUUAUCAGAAGAUUUAAAUAUUACGUACAUGUCAGAAUUAGAAAAGUUUAGUGAAAAAGCUUUACAAGAGAAAUAUGAUACGAAACUUGGAACGUGGCUGUAUAAUAUUGCAAGAGGAGUCGAUAUGGAACCUGUCACUGUCCGUUUAUGCCCAAAAUCAAUUGGAUGUUGUAAACGUUUCCCUGGUGCGAGUUCAUUACUUACACCCAAAGAUGUUGAACAUUGGAUUGAUCAACUAGCUCAAGAAGUAUCGGAACGUUUAAAUCAAGACAUGUUAGAAUAUAACAGGCGUGCAUCAAACAUGAUAGUACAGUAUACGCUUAAGGCAGAUAAAAAAAAACCUGUUGCGAGUACAAAAACUCGUUCGCUUGUAUCAUACGAUCCGAUCAAGAUAGCAUCAGAUGCCAUGGAAAUUAUUAAUAAAGCAAACUCUGUUAAUGCGGAUAAUAAGUAUGUACAAAAAGUUGUAUUUCUAGGUAUUAGUGCUGGAAAAUUUUCUGAGAAUACGCAAAGUAUUAAACAAUUUUUUAAUAAAUCACCCAAUAAUGAAAAUAAAAUAUCAUCAACUGUUACUAAAACAUUUGAAAAUGAAAAUAAAGUACCUAAAAAUGAAAAUACAGCAUCAAUUGAAAGGAUCGAAACAAACAAUACGAACCUUGAAAAACCAUUCCAAAGUAUUCAAAAUUUGUUUCAAAAUCGACCUAAAAAAGAAAGUGAAAAAGCUGUUCCCGCAUCGUUUGAGGCUUCUACAAGCUGUACAGUUGCUAAUAACGAAGAAAUGGAAGAAGAAAAUACGUCUUCGUUUUUUACAAAUGCAAUACAAAAUAAGCAAAUUUAUGACUCAUGUCUUCUUGACGAUUUAACGCAAGAAAUAAGUAUGAUGAUUGAAGAUGCAUCUGAAACUACAGAAGAAAAAAUUACACCGGAAAAAGACUCUGAAAAUUUGAAAAUUUGUCCUGACUGCAAUAAACUUAUAUCCUUAGAAGAAUUUGAAUCGCAUAAAGAUUAUCAUAUGGCUUUAAAAAUUGCAGCCGAAGAUAACUGCGUACGAGCUAAACCAGUAGAAAUAAAAGUAAAUAAAACACCACCGAUUAAAGGAAAUAAGAAGACGCUGCCAUUAAUGAAUAUAGAUAAUUUUUUUUCUAAAUCUACAACUUUGGAAAAUAUUGAUGAGGAACAAAAUUGCGAAAUAUGUGACGAGUGCAAGCAAAACAUUCCUAUCGAUAAAUUUUUAGAGCAUCUGGAUUAUCAUGCUGCAAAGAAAUUACAUAAUGAAUUAAAUAGAACUAAUGACAUAGUAAAAAUAAAUUUAAAACCAAGUAAUCCAGAUUCAAAUAAAAAAAAUAAUCUUAAAAGGAGUGGGGGGAAUAUUAGUAAAAAUAAUAGUAAUAAAAAAUUGAAACCGAUAUCAAGUUUCUUUCAAUCGUUAUCGUGAUAAUCGUAAAUUGUGAAUAGCUUUAUAAUUUUAAUUAGGUUUUAUAUUGUCAGAUCAUUUCUUGAUUAAAUUAAGAUCUUUCAACCAUUUUUUUAAAGCAAAAUCUUUUUCCUUGAUCAAGAUAAUCUAAUUAUCUAGUACUUAUAAACGUAUAUUUUAUUCGACAAAUUUUUAAGUGCUACAUUAUCAAAAGCAUUUGAAAAUCAAGUGAAAUUAAAUAAGGUGUACAAAAAAGGAAAAAAAAUGAUGUGCAAAUACGGACAAUGCAUUAGUUUUCGUGUCCGCAAGUUAAGUACGUUGGGUAACGAUAAACCACAAAAAAAAAUUUGUUUAUAAUUAGAACGGGUUUCUUGUGUGAAAUUUUUAUAUUU